ACGGACUCUCUCCGGCGGCGAGGUAAAGUGACCCGGGGAGUCGUUGUUGCUCGGUCGCUUCACACCACCGGUUGAAUGAGCUAUGGCUAACCGGUCAGAUAGAGCUGAAACAACACGGAACUGCGUUGGAAUAGGUCUGGUGUCACACUUUAAAGUGCUCCACCGGCCGCGGUGUGCUGCUGUUAAUGUCCUUUUUCUGACUCAGCCUGUUGGGCUUUAACUGAGGCUUCAUCCAGGAGCAGUCUCUCUCUCUCUCUCUCUCUCUCUCUCUCUGUGUGUGCGUGUGUGUGUGUGUGUGUCUAUUAUCACUAGUAGGUGUGACAUUUAUUAUGAAGGAUUGAUCCAUUAUUGAUGGGCACCCCAGGGGUGAGACUGCCAUCAUCUCCUACAUGUCCUCUGUCUGCUUCUCAGAAAGUCUGAGAGUCAGCACUGACUGAACACAAAUGUAAGGACUGUUUAGGAGUUGUGCAAGAAGCUGCAAAAUGCAUUGAGCGACUUAAUUUAUUUGUCAUUGCUUUUCAGUGUCUCAGCCGCUCAUCAACAUCCUCAGCACAGCCAGGACUAGAACAAGGCAUCGAUUGUUAUAAAUGUGAAUGCACUUUUUUUUUUUUUGUGCUUUUGCGCGUAAGCUGAUAUUCCACCGGAACUGCCGAUAUUCUUUGGCGAUACUGGUUUCUUUAACGGCGAUACGAUACUUCAAGAAAAUGUCAAUAUUCGAUACGACAGGGAAGAGAUGGCACAACGCUCAGGGCACAAAAGGUUUUUAUUAAAAGAUACAUAUAACAAGGCAGUAACAUUACAGUGAAGUAUGACUUUCCUGGUCUUGGCUAGUGGAGAACAGGAGCAAGACUAGUAAACAUUAAAUAUCGCCUUUUUAAAAAUGUGUUUAGAUGAGGACUUUGAUAAUAAAAAGAUGAGAUAAGAUAAUGCUUUGUUAGCUCCAUGACAGGGGAAUUUGUAUUAUUACAGCAGCAGAAAUGUGAGAAAAUAAGUUAAAAUGCAACAAAUGCACGAGAGAAAAAAAUAAUGUGUGUCAGCUCUGUCUAUGGGAGGAUAGAGAGCAAGAUAGUGCAGCUGGUACAGAUGUAUCGACCGUGACACUGCAAACUCUGAGGACUGAAUUCAUUCAGAAUUAGAAUGUAUCCAUAAAUCAGAUAUUUGAUGCAUUAUUUGAUAAUGAAUGCAGGUCAGGAAGAGUGCUGAGUCAGUUUUGUCAUAGCAUUUGUCGCAUAAAUUUAAGGAGUUAUUGACGUCUUUUUAAUAUUUUCAAUACGUGUGAAGAAAAGCUGAGACAGCGUAAAACAGGCAAAAAAAAAGACAAACUAACUCCAUGCCCUUCUUUUCACCAGUCAAAAACCCUAACCCAUUACAGCAGUCGACGGGUGUAGGCUACGAUAUAUGGGAUAUUAUCCUGAUAAUCUUCAAAAUAUUGUUAUUGCUAACUUUAAAAUGAAAACUAAAAUCCCACUGAAAUAUAUUGUGGUCACUCAAAUCUGACAUUUGGUUUGGCAGUAGAUAUUUUUAUUGCAUCACAUAUAGGACACACAUCUCUUUUUAGUGAGAAACAAAUCAAAGAAUUCUUUAUGCUCAGACAAACUGACCUUAAAGGACAACACAGUUUCAUGCUGUUUCAUUUUGUUAAUAUGUGGCGGACCCUGCCACCUUUCUAGCUCCAAACAGUGUUCUGGGGACCUUAUUUUCCUCUGAGAACAGCUCAUUUAUUAAGUUAUGGUAAAAAAUAAUAUAUAUCUGGGUUCGUAUCAUUACCCUUUUUAUAUUGUAAAUAUUACAAUUCUGAGUUUUAAUUUCUUCUCCAAAACUACGUAGUGCCCCUAUAUGCUUUUCUGACAUAAACAAAGGAUAAAUAAACGGUGAUCUGACCUCCUCUCCCUGUUGCUCUUCAAAAGGGAACCAGUUGUAUUUACACAGAACAGAUUAAACUUGUUUGUGUGCUGGAUAAAGUGUGUAUGUUGGCAAUGACGACAGGCUCAGCCAGCUCAACAUUAAUGAAGAAACCAGUAUAGGCCCGUAUGUCAGUGAGCCAGGCAGCUUUUUCAAGUCAUCCAUGUGAGGAUAUUCACGAUUAUCUCGAUUCACGAUUUACCCCGAUGAUGAAAUUUCAACACGAUCGACUUAUCGCGACUGUGUGUUAUCUGUCAUCUUUUAUCGUCCCAUCCUUACUUGUGAGUGCGUUUCUGUAAUGAACUGAACGUUCCGGGACUUCCGUCGCAGGACUCAUGUCUGCUGCUUCAGUGAUGAUCGUGGAGCACACGGCAUGGAAAGGAACAUCGGAGACCAACUCAACAAAGCUUUCGAAGCUUAUCGCCAGGUCUCCAUCGAGAAGGACAAUGCUAAGAAGGAGCUGCAGCAAAUGACUGAAUAUUAUGAGCGAUACACACAGAAACUUCAAAAGCAGAUAGAGGACCAGCAGCAGUUGAUUUCAAAACUCGAAGCUAAGUUAUCAGCAGCGAGGCCGCCAACAGGAGAUAUGAAAUGCGAGCCCUGCAACCAUCUCCUCGACGGAGCCGGCGCAUACAGGACACAGUUCCCGGAGGACAUGGACACUGUUGCUGUUCCUCCUAAAAUGCCAGUCAGCAGCAGUAUUGACUAUCAGGACAUGCUGGAGGCAUUUGAAGCGAUUCAAGGGAAAUUCCGGCAGAUUCGCUCUCUGACCAGACGACAAAAAGAUCACCUCAAAAGAUUCCACGGAGGAAAUGAAACGUCGCAUGAUCAGCGGUUCUCCAUGCCCAUCCAGUGCACAGACCGUACAGAAGAGGCAGAGAGACCCUUUUCCUCAGCGCUGAGGUCAGCAGUGGAUAUCCCACUCCCGCCCACAUCUCUGGCAUCCCGCGGUGCCAGCCCCGAGGACAGGGACUUAGUAGACUCUCUCACCAAACUCAGCGUCAAAUUCCCGCCCUCUGCGGACAGUGAAUAUGACUUCCUGAACAGUGCUCCAGAGAGACAAAUUGGUCUGACCAUGCCCACGAAGCGGCCCCUCGGUAGCGUCCCCUCAGCGCUAACAGAGGAGGAGCCCGUGGAGUUGCCCAUGCCUUUUGUCUACCCUCCGUCCCCCUCCCACUCGACACCGUCCUCGCUCUCCCAGGAGAGCGUGCGGGGACCCCAGCAGCCUCUCUGGAGCCCUGAGCUGUGUGAUGCAAGUGACGUGGGGACAGAGCUGGCGACGCCUCAGAGUGGCAGCGGCAGCAGCAGCGGCAGCUCUAAUCAAUGUGCUUUCUGCAACACCGUGGUUCCUCAGGACCGAAUGAACAGCCACCUCUACUUGCAUUUCUCUCCUAAGAACGAAGCCCACGAUUGACGGUGGAGGCAGAGACUGACGGGCCGAGGCCACAACGUUUCCAGACUUACUGUAUUCAUGGGCCGAGUCCCGCCUGCCAUGAAGUGUAUGCGCUGUACUGGAUUUGAAAAUGACACUGCAAUAAGACUUGAAUCCAUUUUUAUUUAAUACUGAAGAAUUGAAUGGUACACUUACUUGCCCAUUAUAUUUUUCUAAUAUCUUGCUGAGAUUUUUUUUUCUCUAGUACUAAGUGACGAUGAUGCAUAAUAUGGUAUAUAUGAGCAAAUAAAGCAGACAUUUACUCUUGCAAUAUA